CCAUUUACCUUAGUCUGCCCAUAUUGUUGCAACUGUUUAACGAUCGCGAGGGCGCCGGGGACCCGACAGCACCCUCAAGGCCUCAAUGCCUUCACCUGCCGAACAUGCCCCUAUCAGUUUGUCCUUGAUAAGCCGUACUAUGAGCGUACAUACAUGAAAAAGAAACAACUGGACGAUAUCCUGGGCGAGGAUGAGUCUGAUUUGCCGAUCAACGAAGUUCCUGGAGGCUGUCCGAAUGAAAAGUGCGAUUCGAAGAAGGCCUACUUCUACCAACUACAAACCAGAAGCGCUGAUGAACCCCCAACCUCGUUCUUCAAG